CGGGUGAUCCUCUUCCCUUCAAAGCAGCAGAGGAAAGUCAGGGGCUCGUGUCAACAUCCACGAUCUUCAACCCCCACCCGGGAGGCGCAGCAUUAUUAUCCAGAAACACGCGCUGUUGCCCAGAAAAGGCGUUUUCUUUGCGCUUCGUUGCGAAAGAAGCCCACGAGUCCCGCCGCUUUCACCCCAGUUUAAAGGAUGACCGCGUUCAAAUAGCGACUCCAGUUCUUGAAUAACAUCUGGGGACCUGGCUAGCUUAGUUAGCUGACCUGGUAGUUCGUUUAGGCCAAGGAAACACGACCAGACGCGCUGCUGACAUGAUGUUUCCUCAAUCCAGGCACUCGGCAUCAUCUCAGUCCAGUCAAGCUCUGAAGUUCACCACGUCUGACUCUUGUGAUCGGAUCAAGGAUGAGUUCCAGUUCCUCCAAGCACAGUACCACAGUUUGAAGCUGGAGUGCGAUAAACUGGCCUCUGAGAAGUCCGAGAUGCAGCGUCACUACAUCAUGUAUUAUGAAAUGUCCUACGGUCUAAAUAUUGAAAUGCACAAACAGGCUGAAAUAGUGAAGAGGCUGAAUGGGAUCUGUGCUCAGGUGCUGCCUUACCUGUCCCAGGAGCACCAGCAGCAAGUCAUGGGGGCCAUAGAGCGAGCCAAGCAGGUCACACCUCCUGAGAUGAACUCCAUCAUACGGCAACAGCUGCAGGUGCAGCACCUGUCCCAGCUCCAGGGCCUGACCCUGCCGGUGACCCCGCUGCCCCUGGGCCUCACCCCACCCUCCCUGCCUGCCGUCUCCUCCAGCUCGGGCCUCCUCUCCCUCUCCUCCAUCCUGGCCAACUACUCUCACGGUCAGCCGCAGGCAGCGAAGGAGGACAAGGCCAGAGAGGCUGCGGAGAGAGCGCCCAGAGGAGAGGACGGAGACAAGUCAGACUAGUGGCGGCACAGUGAGGUGGAGGGAUGUGGGCGGGUGUUCGGUGUCGAGUUUCAAACGGAGUAAAGAUUAGCUGUAGCUGUAAGUUGGUAUUGAUGCACAUCCAUCUGCUCAGAGCUGUGGAGGACGAGGACGGAGCUGAAAGUUUAGGAUGUGCUAAAAAUCCUCAAAGACUGAAACUGGAAGUUAACGUUCCUGUUAUUUAGUGGGAUUAGACCAGUUCAAGCAUUAAGAUUUCUAAUAGAUGUUUUUUUUUUUAGUGUGUAAGCCAUUAUUGUUUGGUUAACCAAUAUAAAUAUCUCAUUUGGAGUGGGAGUCGAAGUUGAAAGAAUAACAGAUUCUUGUGUCUGCUUGUUGCAGGUUUAUUUUUCUAAAUUCUUUUUUUUUUCUCGUGCAGUUUGGGUCUCACUGACAGUCGUGUGCCAGUCACAAUAAGCAGAUUUAAGAUAACUCUUCAGACAUUUUUCCUCUCCAUUAUGGAAAAACAUUUUUUAUCACAACAGUUUCCAUAUGGAAAAAAAACCAGUCGACCGAAGCCUCUUGGUUACAGCUAAUAUUAACUCGUGCUUUUAGAGCCAAAAUAAAGUUUAGUUUGGUGUGAAAUGGAAAGUUCUGAAUAUCUACAUUGUGCGUUUCAGAUAAACAGAAUUGAAUUUUAAACUCUUCAGUUCCCAGUUUGUUUCAACGGGCUUAGAGCCGGUGCGUUAAACACCUUUAUGAGAUUGUUAAAGCUCUGAAAAUAUUUUUGAAUUCAGUUUGACGUGUUUUUAUCAGUGAAAAGGCCUAAAAGGUGUCCUGACAGAAACCACAAACCUUUUUGUUUGAAUAUUUUCUAUAUAUUUUUCCACCCUCCUCUCUUUGCCUGAUGAAACCUGAACAUAGGCCUGUCACGAUAACACAUUUUACUGGGCGAUUAAUUGUCUCAGAAAUUAUUGCGAUAAA